AUGAGUUAACCAGGGCCGUCGACUGACCCCAGGAAGCCUACCCGCUGUCCCGUGACCAUGCGGCACCGGCUCAAAGACCGCGCUAAAAUCACCGCCUCCCCACCCUCCCGCCGCCGUACAACGGUUCGCUCCGGCCGUAGACGCGACAAAAAGGCCUCCAGCGCAGAAUGGCCCGAAGUGGACGGCGUUUCAGUCAUAAAACGCGAAGAAAGCCCCCAGGCAGACGCUGGUGGCUGUACGGAGUGGCGCGGCCAGGGAUAUGAAGGGAGUUUCCAGUCAGUCGCGGACCUCGAUGAACUGCUAGAUAUAGAGGAGGCCUCGGACUGGGGGGAAGAGGGCGACCGCUCCCAGUCUGAGGAUUCGCCGUUUGCUGACCUCCUGCAACAGCUGGUAGGCUGUGUGGAUAUGGACACCACCGAGAUUAAUAGCCGGCCUUUUCGCAACGCGGCCUCUUCGUCUGUUUCGGCUAAUAUGGCUCACGCCAAUGAAAUGGCUGCCCCAUACACCAAAAAGAUGGCGGCUGCAGGCUCCCCUACCGUGUCAUCACGGAAGAGCGCCCGUUAUGAGGGAAACAAGAACGCGCUUGCUGCGCGCCUCAAUCGCCUGCGCAAGAAGGAGUACGUGAGUGGACUGGAGAGCCGGGUCACGCGCCUGGCCGACGAGAACCAGCAGCUUCAGAGAGAGCGGCAGGCCCUGGGAGCGCGCGUCCGAGAACUUGAGCACGAGGCGCGCUACCUGCGGGCGGUCCUGGCCAAUGACAGCGCCCUGUCUCAGCUGCUGGGGAGACUGACAGGAUUUGGCGGGGUCCGACUCACUACGUCACUUUUCCGCGACCCUCCAGAAUUUGGAGACCACGAUUAUGCUUUACCGGGCGUAAAGGGGAAUCAAGAAGACGAGGAGGAAGAGGCGCCGUCCAGCGGAGUGUGUCUGCAUGUGGACAAGGAGAGGGUGUCGGUGGAGUUCUGCGCGUCCUGUUCCCAGAAUGCUUCUUCUGCAAACAAAAUUUUCUCUUUUAGGUGAUUUCUCGCCUUGCUCCGUUGUAGGAGUUAAAGAGCAGUCGAUUCCGCCUCGCAACCUGUGGAUUCAGCGGUGGGCAGAAGAUUCGGGACCGGCUGCUGACACCCUGCUUUGUUUUAAAAGGUAGUAUGGUACAUGAGGUAACUGGGGUGAUAUCAGGGGUUUUCUGUUUAUGUUCUGUAUGCAGAUACCGGGGUGGAAAGAGAUUGGAAAUAGUCCAUUGUUAAGAAAUAACUCAUUGGGUCGGACCUUAGUCUAAAAGCAGAUCAUCUUUAAUUAUCAUAAGGCUGCAGCUUAUUUUGGGAAAUAUAUUCCUUUUAACUUUUAUAAAUGUCCAGAACACUUAAAUCUGUUAUCACCGGGAAAUUUUAUUUUUAUUUCAAAUAAUUUAAUUGUUUAACGUUGAAGAAUGUAAAUUAGAAAAUGGUAUUUACGUCAGUUCGUUAUCAGGGUCUACCUCUUUAUUUAACUAUUAAUAUGGCAAUAAUGUACUCAUUCCUUGUCUGUUUGGCCCUUCUAAGUAGGGUAUCCAAACCCCAGAGAACAUGCUGCUCGUUAAGUACUCGCAUCUCCAGGUUAGUUGGUAGUUAUGUUCAGGAAAUAACCCAGUUAUAGCUGUUAUUGUAAAUGGCGGUCUCUUAAUUUUAGUCCCCAAGAGUCUUCUCCUAGAUGGAGUAUAACUCCUAUGGGUUGGGAUUGUGUCCAAUUAUUACUGUUGCUGAAUAGUAAUUUCUACUAUAAGACUUCUUACAGACCAAAAAAAACUUGAUCUGGAAGAAAAUCCAUAUCGGUGGCUCUAGAAGCCACUACAGUGGGGAUAGCACUUACUGGUG